AUGUUCUAUGGCACAGCUGUAUGGGACCCUUGGCUGAUUGUUGGGCAGAUUAUUUGCCUCCAGUGCUCAUACUAUCUCACUCUAGGAGUCUUCAUGAUGGUCUUUCUUGGCCUUCGGGUUCCUCGCCUCAGUCUUGUCUACUUCUUCGAUUACGCUACUCUCACUACUUCAACACUCACCGGUUGGUGUGUUAUUGCCUCAUUCUUGUUCAGUUCACUGGCAGGGGCUGUGUACAUGAUAUUUUUGGUGGAACGAGCACGGAAAUGCUUAGAUUUCUCUGCAACUCUCUAUAUCAUACAUCUCUUCUUCUGCAUCAUGUAUGGAGGAUGGCCUUCGUCUAUGGCAUGGUGGGUUGUAAAUGGAACUGGACUUGCUGUAAUGGCAUUGCUAGCUGAGUACUUGUGCAUUAAACGCGAACAGCGAGAGAUUCCUAUGGAUCGAUUCCAUUCAAGUAAGAUAAUCAUUCCUUCUUCCCGUAAAUAUGCCUUUUACGACUAG